CCGUCGUGCUAACGGUGCCAGCCGUCUCCCCGGAGCAAAAGCCCCGAAGUUUCCUAGCGCCGAGGCCGCGGGAGCGCGCGGCCCUCGCAGGUCCGAUGCGGGCCUCGCCCACCGCCUCGCUCGGCUCUGGCCAAUGACAGCCUGCCGGGGACCCUGUCUCCAGCCGGCUCCGGGGCUGCCCGUCCCCUCCCCGGCUCCCGGCUCCUCCCUCCCCGCCCCUCCGGCUUCGCGCCUGGCGGGCGCGCGGGAGCACAGAGCUCACGGAGCCUCUGCGCGGCUCAGGGCACCCCGCUCCCCAGAGCCUGCCCGCCCGCCGCUCCCGGCCAGGGGCUGCCCCGCGCCGCGGUGCGGCCGCACCCCAAUCUCCAGGCACCUUCGGCCGAGAAGGCGCGCGCGGGCGAGCGAUGGACCCCGUGAGUCAGCUGGCCUCAGCGGGCACCUUCCGGGCGCUCAAGGAGCCGCUCGCCUUCCUGCGCGCCCUGGAGCUGCUUUUUGCAAUCUUUGCAUUUGCAACAUGCGGUGGCUAUUCCGGAGGCCUGCGGCUGAGUGUGGACUGCGUCAACAAGACGGAAAGUAACCUCAGCAUCGACAUAGCCUUCGCCUAUCCUUUCAGGUUGCACCAGGUGACCUUUGAGGUGCCCACCUGCGAGGGGAAGGGGCGGCAGAAGCUGGCGCUGAUUGGCGACUCCUCGUCUUCUGCAGAGUUCUUCGUCACCGUGGCUGUCUUUGCCUUCCUCUACUCUCUGGCUGCCACCGUCGUUUACAUUUUCUUCCAGAACAAGUACCGGGAGAACAACAGGGGCCCGCUGAUUGACUUCAUUGUGACUGUAGUCUUCUCAUUCUUGUGGCUAGUGGGUUCAUCUGCUUGGGCAAAAGGGCUGUCUGAUGUCAAAGAGGCAACAAACCCCAAGGAAGUCUUUCUAUUAAUGUCAGCUUGCAAGCAGCCAUCCAACAAAUGCAUGGUGGUCCACAGCCCUGUGAUGUCAAGUUUAAACACCUCUGUGGUAUUUGGAUUCUUGAACUUUAUACUCUGGGCUGGAAACAUAUGGUUUGUUUUCAAGGAGACCGGCUGGCAUUCCUCAGGACAGAGAUAUCUUUCGGACCCAAUGGAAAAGCACAGCAGCAGCUAUAACCAAGGCGGGUACAACCAAGACAGCUAUGGGUCAGGCGGUGGGUACAACCAGCAGGCAAGCCUGGGGCCAUCCUCUGAGGAGUUUGGCCAGCAGUCCAGUGGCCCUACCUCCUUUACCAACCAGAUUUAACAGGGUAGCAUUGGCAUUUUUCCAGAGCUCGCCUCACCACCUUCCAUCUCAGAGGCAGAACAAAUUUUUAAGAGUCUGAAUCAAUUAUUAAUGCAGAGAGUGUUGAAUGUAAAUCACAGCUCUGUGGUCCUCGUAAGAGAGAAAGGCCUGGGUCGUGAUGAAUGGUACUUAGAAAUGAGAUGGCAUGAGGGAAUAUAUUAUUCAUCACAGAUGGUUAAUUGGAGAAUGCCUUGUUAUAUACAUACUUUUAUGGUCGUUUUGUAUGUAUGUUGAGAUAGUGGAAGUAUUUUGUAGCUUAAAGUCUCUAGUAUGUUCUAUUCAUAAGGUAAAUUAAAUCGCAUUGAGUUUUCCUAUGCAUUUUGAUGCAGAAGAUGUUUUAACAAUUCUUAGAAGACAAUUUGGUGUAUCACAAUUUGCAUGUAUUUUUGUUUUUUAGUUCCAAGCCCUGUAAGACUGCAAGUCUUUGUUUCAGAUAAUGACACUUUUUUUAAAUUGAUGAUCGAUGCUCAUAUAAUUUAGUGCAUGAUUAAGCAUUUUCUCAAACAACAUUUGAAUUGUAUUUAUGAAAAUUUUCCAGUUUGCACUGUGAAUUUGUUGAACGGAUACUUAAAGAAAUAUACCUAUUUGCUACUUUGUACUUUGCAAAUUUCUCUCUCUGGCUUUAUCCAAGUUCUGAAUGCAUUGUGACUAAACUUUGGGAGUUUUCUCUAUUAGUAGAUGAUAGGUGUUGUGUAUUGUAUUUGCCCAAUAUCUGUUCUAUCUACUUAGCUAAACAUUUACAUUCUUGUACUUUCCAUGGUGUUUUGUGGUUAUGUCCUGUAGACUAUAGAUGCUAAGGCCCAAUAAUUGUCUGUGUCUUCUUAGAAUACUUGGGAUGCAGAUGUAAAAUGCUGCUGUGCUGAAAUGUUCAUCUAUAAGGGAUAUUCUGUAGAUCUCCACGGCCAGCAAACAUUUCAAUCCUAUUUAUGGUAAAACUAAUAUGCCCCUUGAUCCAAUUAUUAAAAAUUCUCAAGUCACAAUUCAGCAGAAUUACUAAUUCUAAUUUAAAUAUAACCCAUAAAUUAAAAGUGGCUUCCACGGACCUCUCUGAAUUCUAAAGAAGAUUCCCAUAAAAUAGUCCUCAGAAUGCAUUCAUUAUCAAGAAAAUGCUAAUCUUUGCUUUUUCAUUUUACUUCAAUUGAAACACAGAGUCCAACAGGAAAGGCAGGAUGAGCAUCUGCAUUUCCAGAUAAAAGUCAUUCUUGAUGUGCAAACCUUCUGUGUGAUCUGUAAUACUGGAAGCAUUUUAGCACAAAACAACUUUGUGUCUUAGAUGAUAUCUGUAACCAGUUCCUUGAUCUGUUGGAUAAAUCUGUAUUGUGAUUUUAUUUGAACUAAAUAAAGUGAUUGCAUACAA